AUGACCAAUGUUUUGUUUAUAUAUAUGUUGUGUUUGUCAUGGCGAGAAGCUACUGGCGUGUUUUCCUCCCGUCCGUGCAAUCUGGAAGUUUCAAAUUUACACAAGGAGAGGAAAUUGGAAUGUUUAGAAUAUAGCGAAGGAUGCAGACCAGAUGAUCAAAUACAGGUAGUUCCUGAUAAUUUUCAAAUGUCUGUUGAAAAACCGGCAACAAUAUUUGCCACGUCUUACUUGAAGGAAGGGCCGGAUGAAUGGUAUGCGAAUCUCAACAUAACAUGGACGCCACCAAAAUCAGCAACAGCACUGCGGAAUUUAAAGGGUUUUCUGCUGCGAAUUUCAUCACCCGAACUCAAACCAUCUAUUGAUUGUCGACUAUUUAUGAUGGAGGAUGGUCUGAUGCCGAACGAUAAGGGGGCUUUAUUUCAGUAUACCGUGGACAAGGUCAAGGAUUUCACCACAUACUUUAUCGUUAUUUGGAGUUUACCACGAUCUGGAGAAAAUUUUGAAAUGGCUCAAACCAUACAAGUGGCAACACCUAGUAUGAGUGACUACCAUGACUAUGAUCACGACCCUCGUUCGUCUGCGGUCUGGACAACGUAUAUAAUAUUCCGAGUGGUAAAUAACGAUGAAGUCCAGGUCACUUUUAAUUUCGGUGAAUUCAAAAUGGAAAAGUUCAUCGUUGAUUUGAUAGAGGAGGACUUAGUGGACAAAGACAUGUUUACCUGUUCUAAAACAGUUUUGAAGAGUCAAUCCAAAGAUCCUACCCAUGGUAAAGUAAGUUUCAAAGACGUCGAAGCUGGAACUUAUCUGAUACAGGUAACGCCUCAAGAUCCAUUUAGGAAUGAACGUCAGCUAUGUUUAUGUUUUAUGAUGGAAGGUGAAAGCCGGGAGUGCGAAAUAUGUACUACAUCUCAAACAGCACUUUUCAACGUACCCGGUAAGCAGGUGAAAACAACAGCCGCUUCUCAAAAUACUUUCAACGUACCUGGUAAACAGGUGAAAACAACAGCCGCUUCUCAAAAUACUUUCAACGUACCUGGUAAACAGGUGAAAACAACAGCCGCUUCUCAAAAUACUUUCAACUUACCUGGUAAACAGAUGAAAACAACAGCCGCUUCUCAAAAUACUUUCAACUUACCUGGUAAACAGAUGAAAACAACAGCCGCUUCUCAAAAUACUUUCAACGUACCUGGUAAACAGGUGAAAACAACAGCCGCUUCUCAAAAUACUUUCAACUUACCUGGUAAACAGAUGAAAACAACGGGUGCUUCGUUGGAAGAUGACAAACUAAUGUCCUUGAAUACAACGACAACUCCAGGACCCGAUGAAGAGAUGGAGUCAGAGAUAAUAGCACCAAAAGGUACAGGAAAGAAUAGCGAGGAAAUGGUGGUCAUUGUUUUGGUAUUUUUUGUGUGUGUUAUUGUGUUUGGCAGCAUAUCAAUACUAUUAUGGAAAGCACACAUGCAGAGUGCUAAUCGAACUACAGCAAAUCCCGUGAUUGAAAUGGGCACCAUGUCCCAAGAUCCAGCAGAUACCCGGAAAUCAAUCUUGGUGUUAAAUGCAGAUGAUCAUUGCCAUCAUCUCGAGGUCAUCAAAGAGCUACUGAACAUCCUUGAUCAAUACUGUGGACUUAGUGUGAUUUACCCCCCGAGGCAUAUCAAUCAGAUAUGCCGAGUAAACUGGAAGAAAUGGAUAGUACAGUGCUUGGAUAGUGUGGACUUCGUGUUACUUGUCACAUCGGAAGCAGCUGCAAAGCUGAUACAGGCGUCUUUGAGACGGGAUACAUAUAACAUUCAACAGCUCACAGAAACUGGUCACCUCUAUGUGCCGAUGUUGAGACAAGUACUUAAAGCGUCUUCUAAGGAACUUACACUGGAUAAGUAUAUAACGGUUUCAUUUAGUUACACCCCGAGGGAGUAUACCACUAUUACUGGUUUACCGACACCGCAUCAUUUCACAUUAGUUGACGGAUUACGAGACUUCUUGUGCUUUAUGAAAAACUUGAGUGGUUCCUCAGUAGCCGCAACAGCGUCUGAUGAGAACAACUUUACUAAUUUACAAUACUCUGUGCUUCGAGCAGCUCGAUAUGAAUCUUGCCAUGUGCAUUGGUUUUCGGAAAGAUUUGGUUAUCCAUACCAACAGAGUUACAACAGACUAGAUUCGGGCUACCAUUCCUUAGCUCCUCUAAGGAUUAACAAUAUCUCGGAAAGUUCCUCUCCGGAGAACCAGCUAGAAAAGGAAGAUGAAACGGACGAGCUUGGUUUCUAUCCACCAGAAGAGGAACUCGAACGUGUGGUCUUUUACAACAUUCCUCCCGAUGACUCCAAUGUAGACUGCAUGAGCUUGUCUGUCAGCAUUCAACUCCGUCAGAUCAAUGACAAUUAUGAAAAUUCUGCAUAUUAG